AAGUCAAACCGUUGUUAGCAUUAGCUUCGUCAAGCCGCUGCUCGUGUAUACCGAUGAGUGGACGUUUCAAAAGAUCAGAUUCAUAUUUGAUCACUUAAAGUAAAGAUGGAUUCAGUCCAGAGUCUGAGAGAGUUGAUCAACGAGCGACUAACUGCUGCUGCUGAAGAAAUAUUCACGGAGUUUGAGAAAACCAUCGUUCAGUACGAGGAGGAGAUCGAUCGUCAGCGCAGACUGCUGGAUGUCAUCUGGAAAGCAGAGAGAAAGUUCCACACAACAGACCACCAACAUCAAGAUGUCUGUAAAGAGGGGAAUGGUCUCGCUAAUCAGCAUCUCUGUAACCAGGAGAACAAGUUUUGUCUGGACCAGAAAGAGGCAGAACCUCCACAGAUAAAAGAGGACCAGGAGGAACUGUGCACCAGUCAGCAGGGAGAGCAGCUUGUACUGAAUCAAGCGACUGACACUUUUCUAUCGAUUUCAACUGAUAUGGACAGUGACCUCAGUGAACUCAAACCAAACAGUGACCACCUCCUCUGUUACAAUUCAACAGUAGCUGAGAGCCCACAUCAGGACGGAAGCAAGCUUGUAGCCUCACGUUCAACUAGAAAUGAAACACCAAAACCAAAGAGUCAUAGCAAUUGCAAUGGAGCCAAGUCUUCAAUGUCAGAACAUCACUGUGAUGUUGAUACAAAUGAAAAAUCUAUAAAAUGUGAUGUUUUUGGAAACAUUUUUAAGAAUAAACACCAAAUCAAGAAACAUCACCAAAUCCACAAAGGUGUAAAACCAAAUGAUUGCAAUGCAUGCGGGAAAAGUUUUAGUUCACGGUAUCAGCUGAAAGUCCAUAUGAGUAUUCACAGCGGUGAGAAACGGUUUUCUUGUGAAAAAUGUGGGAAACGUUUCCGCCAAAAUGGUCAUCUGACUGUCCACAUGAGAACUCACACAGGUGAGAAGCCGUAUUCUUGUGAAAGAUGUGGGAAAAGUUUCAAUCACAGUAGCAGUGUGACUGUUCACAUGAGAACUCACACAGGUGAGAAGCCAUAUUCUUGUGAAAGAUGUGGGAAACAUUUCACUCAGCGUGGGCAGCUGACUAUCCAUAUGAGAACUCACACAGGUGAGAAGCUGUAGUCCUGGAACAUCGGUGGGAACAGAUCUCAGUAGAACACACAUUCAUUCACAACGUUCAGGAUUAAAGUAGGUCUCGUAGAUUCUGUGAGUUUGUUGCAUUUCAGACUGUGACUCAUGGAUGUUUAAAAAUCUGCCAACCCAGCCAAUGGAUGCAUGUCGACUUUUCCAGAAGCACAUUAUAUUUACGAAAGAACGACGGUUGGAGACGUCAUACUUCUGAGAAAAGACCGAAUAGUUUAUUUCUUUUUGGUUAUCAGUUUCUGUUGGAGCUGAGUGGAAAGACAUGAUGUUGCUUCGAUUUAAUGUAGUGAAAAUUAGUUUACACAUCAAGAUAGUUUUUUAUUAAUUAUUUUUGUAAUUCUCAUGUCCAGUUCAUGUGUAUGUAAAUUGGUUGCAAUCCAGUUCAACUUCAGUCUGUAUUUCUGUGGUGGGUCUUUGUUAAAAAAUUAAAAUGAAAUGAAACCAGUUUCCAGUGCAGCAAAAUGUAUAAGUGACAAACCUGACUGGUUUCAUAUCAGGUAAUGCUUCAGCUUUCUAUAAGACAGUUAAAGUUAAAAGUUCAACUCAUAGAGACUUCAGUUUGUUCAGAUCAGAUGACUUUGAUGUAUGUGUUGAAGUGUUGCUUUGUGAAUAACGGAGAAGAUUUUCUGAUGUAAUUGUCAAACUGUAUGUGUUGUACUUUUUCAGGACCUCCACAGAAACAGAUUAUUUAAUUCCCUCACUUCAUUUUUGUUGAUAGCUUCAUUCCAAUUGGCUGAAAAAAUGUUGACGAUACAUGGCUUUGUGUGACAAGUUUUAACCCCAAAAUGAAAUUGUUUGCUUGUUUUUUGAAUUCUGUUGUCACUGACAAAUUUUGCUUUCUGUUUUUAAAUGCAACCACGAAGUGUUUGAAACAAAAUCUUAUUAUCAUUGUGUUCUCUUUUCUGGGUGUUUUUAAUGUAUCAGGCAAGUGAUUGAGUUUUUCAAUAAAAAUCAACCUGUCCACCGAA